ACCAUUUCAUCCCUGCGACUGCAACCACCACAAACCCCUCUCUCUCUCUCUCUCUCUCUCUCUCUCUCUGCAUACAUAAAUAAACUAGUUCCCCUUUUCACUAACUUUUCCUUCUACCCUUCAUCCCAAGAAGAACCUCUGUUUUUACUAUCCCUCUUUUCCUGCAUCGUUUUGCUGACUACUACUAGUACCCAACAGCCUCUAGUAUUCCCCCUCCCCAACCCUCCCCUCCUUUCCACCUAGUCCUAUAUAUCCUACUCAUAAAGCCUACUCUCUCUCUCUCUCUCUCUCUCUCUCUCUCUCUCCACACACCCCACUCAAGUGAGUCAAAUCAUAAGCCACUCAUGACUUAAUCACCACAACUCCCUCUCUCCCGAUACCCUCCUCCUCCUUUUAACCAUCUUUUAUUCCACUCCUCAGUUGUCUACUUACUUCUCUCUCCCUCUCUCUCACAUUUACUCAUGUUCCUGAGUUCAGACUACUCCAUGAGAACUGCUUCAACGAUGCCUGAUCUGUCUCUACAGAUCAGCCCACCGACCAUUCCAGAUUGCCAGAUUAAACAAAUGGGCUGUGACAAAUUCUCUCAGAAAUCACCCCACUUUGAAAUGAGCUCAACGACGGAGUCCGGCGGUAGCAGCGGCGGGGGAAGCGACUUGAGCCAUGAAAACGGUCUGCUCUUCUGUCCGGAAAGUGGGUAUGUUAAUCACGGGCCUAUUGAGGUUGAGCCCAAGUUGAGCUUAGGGCUUGACUAUAUGGCAGCUCUGAAUAAUCCUUUGCGACCGAGGAACGUUUAUCAACAGCAUCAUCAUCAUCCAUAUCAUCACGGCUUCCAGCCUCAAAUCCACGGCCGUGAUUUCAAGAGGAAUUCGAGGAUGGUUAGCGGCGUCAGGAAGAGCGUUAGAGCUCCAAGAAUGAGGUGGACUUCUACCCUCCAUGCCCACUUCGUUCAUGCCGUUCAGCUCCUCGGCGGCCAUGAAAGAGCAACACCAAAAUCAGUGUUAGAGUUGAUGAAUGUGAAGGAUCUAACCCUAGCUCACGUGAAGAGUCACUUGCAGAUGUAUAGAACAGUGAAGAGCACUGACAAAGGAACAGGUGAAGGGCAGAUGAUAGAUGAUCAUGAGGGUUUGAAGCAAGGGACAGCUGGUACUACUAUAGUUGAAGUUGAGGAGGAAGCAGGAUUAUCUUGUGAGAAAGCUGACCCAAAGCCUUCUUAUUCUCUCAACCCAUCACCACCACUACCACUUGUACUACAGCUUCAAAAGUCCUCCCAAAGAGGUUCGUGGUCCUCAUCAAUGGAAACAAAUGCUUGGAGCCACUCAAAUUGCGAAAACGCAUCAAGUUACUCUCAGUUUGGGGAAAAUGACACCAAGGUGGAUGGACUCGAGGCAGCCCUCCAAGCGGCGGAUAGGGAGAAGGAAAGGUUGGAAAGAACCGCCUUGUCAUCUUCCGAUAGGUUGCUUAAUUUAGAGAUCACUCUUGGGAGGCCGAACUGGCAAAUGGACUACACUGAAUCCUCGAAUGAAAUUACUCUUCUCAAGUGUUAAUUAGUCGAUCCCUAGCAACUAACACAACCAUCCUUUUUUCUUCUUCUCCCGGGAGCAUGGAGGAAAUCCUUAAUGUUCGUGGAUUUGUUCCACUUUUGUUAAAUUUUGUCUUAGAUGUUAGAAGGAAGUCUGGAAUCCAUGCUAUCGUUCUGUUAAUUGAAUCACUUUUAGAA